UUGGCACAGUAGGUUUCUUUUUCUUUUAUACCAAAUGCAACCAUUAAGUUUUUUUGUUGUUGUUCUGGGAUUCUUCUUCUUGCUAUUAUUAUUUUGACUUCUGUCAACAGAAAUGUUUGGCAUUGAAAUGCUUGCUCCAUUAGUAGGCCUAGAGCAUAGCAGAAUGAAAGGGUUAUAAUCAUUAACAUAUUUAUGUACAAUCAAUAUUUUAGGCUGCUCUGUGGUAUUGUAGUGUAUAAAUGAUUGUAUAUAUGUAAAGAUAAGACAGACUUUGAAACUGGAAACCCAUGAUGUUACACUUUGCUCCUGGCUUUGACCAAACAUUGACCAACAAACGUACUAGAACCCACCAGAUAAAAUUUGAAAAGUUUGCAAAAAUGGUCUUUGAGUCAUUUGUACUUACCUGAUAUGCUGUUUUGCUUGAUUCUGCUUGUCUUUUAAAUUGAACAAAUACUUCCAACAGAGGAACUGAGGAAGUCAGGCCAUGCAGAAUUAAUGCUGACCACUAGAGGGGAAUGUUGAAUAUGGUACUACAGGUUACUGGUUUCUGAGCAGGAAGAACUUUCUCGCAGACUAUAUAACAGUUAGGCCCAAUGGUUAUACAGACACCUGUAGAAUUUGACUGGAUUUAAAUAACAAAUUCGGACUUUGUAUAUACACCUGUUUGUAUCUUUUACAAGCCGAUAGAGGGCAAUAUAACUAAUUUUUUAAAGAUACAUGCUGUUUUAUACACUGCAAAAAGACAUGACUUACCUUUGACUGGCAGUAUUAAGCUGCGGCUUCUGUAAGUUCCCAGACAGCAAGCAGUGUCGAUCAGCCCACAUCUGGCCCGCAUGCAUUUCCAGAUGUGGGCCCGAUUUUGGCCAAAACUGUUGCUGUCUGGGUUACGACCGUUGCAAUUCAAACUGUAGUCGCGUGACCUGUUUUAACCCAGCGGCGUGCCGUUUUACUAAAAAUAAUUUAACGUAAUGACCCAGUGUGUGUAGCCCAGUAGUUUAAUUACUUUAAUAAUGUAGAAUGUUCUUUAUGAAGAAUAAGAUGUAUUCUAAAUAGCUCAGGUGAUGGAGGACGCGGCUCCGGAGCGCGCAUGAGGGGGUGUGGCCACUCUCAUCCAUUAAAGUGCUCGUGCUAAAAGUUGAUGGUGUUUGACGUGCGGAUUCUCCAGCAAUGGACGUCAGCUGAUCAAGCGUUCAUCAGCACAUGAUAUUAUUUACUUACAGAUCUAUUUAUCAGAUCCCUCCAGAUUUGUCCCCUCCGUGUCCUUCAAUGGAUGGAGCUCCAGUUUUAACCACAGCACCUCUACCACCUUUUCGUCCUGACCGCUCUAGGUGCUUUCAAAAUGAGACCUCACCCCUGAUACAUAUUGCACAGCCCCCUCCCAUGGACCCUCCACCACCUCCUCCCCCUCUGCCACCUCCACUACCACUACCACCCCCACUUCCUUCAUCAAUGAGGGACCCCUUCACCUGGACUGUCCAGCGACGCUCCAAAAUGCGCAACUUCAACUGGGAAGCGAUCCCCAGGCACAGCGUGUUGGGCAAGCGCAAUGUGUGGACAGCCCAACGCUACCGCGAGAACUUUGAGCUGGACACUAAGCGAAUGGAGGAGCUUUUCAGCCACAACGAACAUCACAGUUUGGUCCGUAAGGGUGGGACGGUCAAAAAAAGUGUGUGGGGCCUUUCACAAAUCACUACAGAAUCCAAGAAUGUCUCAAUACUCAACUCCAAGAAAAGCUUGAAUAUUGGGAUUUUGCUUAAACAAUUUAAAAGGCCACCAAAGGAUAUUGUGGAGACUGUCAGGCAUGGUAAUCUGUGCUUUGCUUCCAGGAAAUUGAGAGAGCUCAGCAAGCUGUUGCCCGAUGACAUGGAGGCAAAGAAGCUGAUGUCAUUCAAUGGAGAUCUAUCUACGCUAAACGAGGCUGACCGUUUCAUGGUGAUGCUAGUUCAAGUGCCAGGGUAUAAAGUGAGGAUAAAGAGCCUGCUCCUCAGAGAGGAGUUUUUUCCCUUUAUUGAGGAUAUCAAACACUCCAUUGCUGUCAUGACAACUGCUGCUAAUGAGUUGCUGGCAUGCGAUGACCUACAUUCAAUCAUCAGACUGGUGCUGAAGGCUGGUAACUACAUGAAUGCUGGUGGCUAUGCAGGUAGUGCUAUUGGCUUUAGGAUGACAUCAUUGCUCAAACUGGUGGACACUAAAGCAAAUAAACCUGGCAUGAACCUUAUGCACUAUGUGUCCAUGCAAGCCCAACAAAUUGAUGAAGCUUUGCUGCGUUUCACAGAACAGCUUCAACACAUUGGGAUUGCUGCAAGGAUCCAAAAGCAGGAGGUGGAGAUGGACUUUCAAAAGGAGUUGGAGAAAAUUAGGGAAGCGAAGAUGGAAGCCAGUAAACAGCCUGAUUUACUACAUCAGAUGGAAGCAUUUCUUCAUAUGGCAGACAUUAGGGUUGCAGAUGUGGAGGCCUCCCUUCAGGAACUGGACAGCAUCAGUACUUCUGUGGCAGAGUACUUCUGUGAAGACCCAGCCACAUUCAAGCUAGAGGAGUGUUGCUCUAUCUUUCAUUCCUUUUGUGAGAGGUUUGAGAGAGCUACACAGGAAAACCGUGAGCGUGAGGCAGCCGAGACUCGCAAGCGACAGCAGAGAGAAAGAGAAAUGCUGACCAGAAUGGCCAAACACCGAUCCACUGCCACAUGCACCAGUCGGGAUGUGACCGAUGAAGUCUCUGCUCUGGAAUCUGUCCUGACCAGCUUUCUCCGCCAACGUCCUUCUCGCAGGAGGCCUGGUGGGCUCACACCUGUCACGGACAGCCCCAUCAAGAACAUCCGCCCUCAGGUUGAGGAGCGUGAGGGCAGGGGGGAUCUGGACAGCCCUGUGGAAACCAAGAAGGAAAAAUUCUCAAAGUUGGAGGAAAAGAUCUCAAAGUUUGAAGAACCAGAGAACACCUACCCGAAGGAUGAGGUUCCACCCAGAACCGUUAAUGACAUUCAGUGGGUACGUGCUGCAUCAAAAAGAGCACAAUGCAUUGAUGUUGAACUGAUUCCUAAAAGCGACGACCUCAAAGAAGGUGGGUGUAGCAACACCUCAACUAAACAAGAGUUUGAAGAUGGAGGGGUGAAUAAAGAAGUUGAGGUGAUUGGAGACAUGGAUAAAGGAGAAGCAAGAGAGGAGGAGGACAAUGAGAAAAUAGAAGAAGCAGACAAAAUGCCCGAGCUCUCUGGCAAGAUCUACUGUUUUCAGGAUUGCAUUGGUGGUCUGAAUGGAACAGCUACACCUGAUCGUUCCCGAGGCCAUGGCAUGUGCACCUCCACUCCUCUAAAGAGGGAUAUAAAAGAGGUAGAUCUGGCCUUGCAGAAUGGACUGGGAGGUCUAGGCUCACUGUGGACCGUCCUCAGCCCUCGUAUCUCUCCCUGUGACACACUGCACCACAGACACUCCUACUCCUUCUCCAGGGUGGACAUCCUUGAUGAUGGGGUUUGGGCGUUACCUGACACUCCUGUAUGUGACAAACCCUCAUUCUCCCAUAAUGCAGGUGUGGGGACUUCAUCCUCAUUACCAGACUGUCCCUCAAAGCGAAUUCCAGCACAGGGGACAUUUAUGAGGUCUGCAUCACUUAGUGACGAAAAAGACUUGGCUCCUAACUUCAAACUGGGACAGAUCUUUCAGAGACGCACUGGACAGGAGCUUCCUCCAGAUAAGAGACCGGAAACCUCAGGACUUGUAUCUUUCUUUAGACGCUUUGGGGAAAGAAACAGGGCAGGAACUGUUGGUUCAGAUGGCAUGGAAUGUUCUUCAAGGAUUUUACUUUGACAUAAAGGAUACGAUGAAUGUAAACAAAUGGGAACUUGUCUUACAACACUCUUGAUGUCUUUUGUGUGCUUAUGCAAAUCUACGGUGGUGCAUGCUGAUGCUGGCAUUUUAAUAUUUUAUUAGUUUUUAGUUCAGUUAUUAAUAACAAGAUGCUUGUAUUGGUUCACAACAUUGAAUUUCAGGGACGGAAAUUUUUUAUUGUUGUUCUUUGUCCUUUAAGGUCUAUCUCAGUUUUAUGUAAUAAAGUGUGGACCCCACCUUUUGAACCAUUUGUUAUGCGUUUCUUUUUUUAAUGUGUUUACAUAUACAACAGCCCCAGAAAAAUUGGACACUGAAGCCACAUUUAAUACAUUGUAGUGUUCUUGAGACAAUGGUGAGGUGUUUUGCAACAUGGGAGUGCUUAUUAAAGCAGCAGUUUAAAAAAAAAAAAAACUGAAUCAAACUGAAUAAUUAAUUGGAAUCACAAAAUUAAUUUUGGUUCUUUUAUAAAUAAUACAAUUAUAAUUGUAAACUAGCAGCCUUAUCUUAAAUAUUAGCAGAAAUAUUUUUUGAAUAUCGUGCUGGUCAAUAGAGAAGCUUAAAUCAAAAAGGUUGAGAACCACUGUGUUAAAGAAAUGUAGUACAAAUGCUCAUUUCAAGCAAAACUUUUCACAGAUGGAGGUUUGUAAUGGUUUUAAAUGCUGAAACCAUAUAUAUACUGUUCGAAAUUAAGACAAGAACUAUCUGGACUACAACUAUUCAGUAAGAAAUGACAGAAAGCAACAAGGAGUUUCCACUGUAGCAUGAGGGUCCGUGUAUGGCUGCCAUGUUGAUGUCACUAAUCAGUCAUGUAGUCCUUUUUUUUCAUGUAUCUGUUUCCUUUCUGCAAUUAUUCUGCUGCAGUCUGAACUUAACACAUUCUCUCUCUCUGUCUGCUCUUCAUCAAGAUGGAAAAAGUUGAAAUAAGCCAUGUUGUCUUGGUGAUGGUGUAUGUUUACAGUACAUGAUCUCACUUGGCUGGUGUCUCAGUGAAAUAAUACCCCCUGGAAAAAACUGCAGAGCACAGACUCUUCUUUCAUCCAGUCCUCAGCGCUCUCACAAUGAUCUUGUUCCUGAAACUAGAACAUUUUCCAAGUUCUGUUGUUGUAGCAUAUAUUUUUAGACUGUUUAAGAUCUUAUUUCCACAAGUACAGUAAAUAUUAUAUUAAAUAUAAAAAUUUCGUUUAUUCUGUUAGUGUAUCCUACAUUAAGACCACUAGUAAAUAAUAGGAUGAUUUUCUACGCAAUCAGAUUUUGUCACAAAGUAAAGCAUGUUGUAUGUGGAAAAGGCAAGAUUGGUGUCCGUGUAUGUCUGUGCGAGAGAGAGAGAAAGAGAGAGAGGACAGAAGAAGAAGAAGAAAAAUAGGAGGAAACCCGAGCUUUAGAGAAGGAAAGGAGGACAGGAUCACUUUGUUGGGGACUCAAAACUCUGACAAAACUCACAUCUGCAGCUUGAACACUACAAACCUGUAGUAAGUAAAUCAGUUGGAAUGAUGCCUCACUCUAAUUCUGCCUGAACACUGAAAGCAGCAAAAUGUUGUGGU